ACCAUAGAUGUCAAAGGCUGAAGCUGCUCCCUUUGCCACAUUAUAACUAGUAGAGGAUCCUCAUCGACCAUGGCCACAGCUGCCUCGAAUCCCUACAGCAUUCUCAGUUCCAGCUCCCUCGUCCAUGCGGACUCUGCGGGCAUGCAGCAGGGAAGUCCUUUCCGCAAUCCUCAGAAACUUCUCCAAAGUGACUACUUGCAGGGAGUUCCCAGCAAUGGGCAUCCCCUCGGGCAUCACUGGGUGACCAGUCUGAGCGACGGGGGCCCGUGGUCCUCUACAUUGGCCACCAGCCCCCUGGACCAGCCGGACGUGAAGCCGGGACGCGAAGAUCUGCAACUGGGAGCAAUCAUCCAUCACCGCUCGCCGCACGUAGCCCACCACUCGCCCCAUACUAACCAUCCGAAUGCCUGGGGAGCGAGCCCAGCUCCAAACUCGUCCAUCCCGUCUAGCGGUCAACCCCUCAACGUGUACUCGCAGCCGGGAUUCACGGUGAGCGGUAUGCUGGAACACGGGGGACUCACUCCACCACCAGCUGCUGCCUCCACACAGAGCCUGCAUCCAGUGCUCCGGGAGCCUCCAGACCAUGGUGAGCUGGGCUCGCACCACUGCCAAGACCACUCAGAUGAGGAGACUCCAACCUCUGAUGAGUUGGAACAGUUCGCCAAACAAUUCAAACAAAGAAGAAUCAAGUUGGGGUUCACGCAAGCCGACGUGGGGCUGGCACUGGGCACCCUGUAUGGCAACGUGUUCUCUCAGACUACCAUCUGCAGGUUCGAGGCCUUGCAACUGAGCUUCAAGAAUAUGUGCAAGCUGAAACCCCUGCUCAAUAAGUGGCUGGAGGAGGCUGAUUCAUCCACGGGAAGCCCUACCAGUAUUGACAAGAUUGCCGCUCAGGGCCGCAAGCGCAAGAAGCGAACCUCCAUCGAGGUGAGUGUCAAGGGCGUCCUGGAAACGCAUUUCCUCAAGUGUCCCAAGCCUGCAGCGCAGGAGAUCUCCUCGCUGGCAGACAGCCUCCAGUUGGAGAAAGAAGUGGUGCGUGUCUGGUUCUGUAAUAGAAGACAAAAAGAAAAAAGAAUGACUCCGCCUGGGGAUCAGCAGCCACACGAGGUUUAUUCGCACGCGGUGAAAACAGACGCGUCCUGCCACGAUCUCUGACUGGAGGAAGCCAGAAGGUGGUCCGCAGCACUGGGAGCAGUGCGGAUAUCAUUCUCACUCCCUUCCUUCCUUUCAUCACUACAGUCUUUAUUAUUGCUAUCUCUCUAGCUUGCUAGCUCUUUCUUUCUUUCCUCCACAGGGGUUUCUAACUUAUGUUAAGAAAGGAAACACACACACACACACACACACACACACACACACACACACACACACGCACGCAUUCAGGAUUCUCAACUCUGAAACACAAUUGUAUUAAGCAGUCCAGGUGGGGACCUCAUAGUCCCUGCUGCCAGGGCAAUUUUCCUCCAACCUUUUCUGCUGAUCAAUACAUAUUGUUUACUCUGAGUAAGAUUUGUUUGGUUGCUCCUCUCUAAAAAGGGCAAGGAGCUGGGUAA